AUGUCAGAUUUCGCCCCGCCUACGGGACCUCCCCCACCAAAGGUCCCUGAGGGCUGGAAAGCGGUUUACAACCCACAGUACUCAGAGUGGUUCUACGUGAAUCUCAUAACCAAGCAAUCGCAAUGGGACAAACCGACCGAACCAGCCAUCGGCCCGGAUGAUGCUCCCCCAGGCGGCGCACCACCUGGCUACUCCGCUGGUGGCAAUGCCCAUACCGCCACCGACGACAAGAGGCAGCUAGAGUCCAAUAACCCAUACAACUCGGCAACUGCGACCCCAACCGGUGAGACAGAUGAAGAUAUGGCCCGGCGUCUGCAAAAUCAGGAGUCAAAUCGUGGCGCAGCCGAUGGCUACUACGGUGCCGGCGGUGCUCCCCAGCAAAACCAGUAUGGCGCGCAACAGCCUGGCUACGACCAGAACCAGCUUCCACCCCGUCCAGCCGAUAGAGGCAGCAAGGGACUGUUCAGCAAGUUGUUUAACAAGGGCGGUAAACAAAGCUAUCCGCAGCAGCAGGGCUAUGGACAGCAGGGAUACGGCAGUCCUAGUCCCGGCCCAGGAUAUGGACCUCCACAAGGUCAGUAUGGGGGAUAUCCUCAAGGCCCCGGGUAUGGACCGCCUCCAGGCCAGUACGGAGGCUAUCCACCCCAAGGCUACGGGCAACCGUACGGCGGCGGCUAUCCGCCGCAAGGAUAUGGUCAGCCAUAUGGUGGUGGUCGCAUGGGUGGCGGCAGGAGGCCGGGUGGUGGUGGUAUGGGUGCCGGUGGUAUGGCGCUGGGUGUUGGAGGUGGUCUUUUGGGUGGUGCACUCCUUGCAAAUGCCAUCAAUGACGGUGAGCAGGAUGCCUACCAAGACGGCUACGAGGACGGUGCAGACGACGGUGGUGGUGGGGACGACGGAGGAGGUGAAUGA